GCUCCUCAAGUAGCUGCUGCAGGGGCUCCUGUCCAGCAGCCUCAGGCCACCCCUUCUGUCACUAGGCGGUCACGCAGGCGCAGAGUUGAAUCGGAUUUAUCAUCCUCCUCUGUUCAGAGCCGGAGGCGGAGUCGGCGGGGAUCACGUAGGCGUCAGUCCCGUCGCCGGUCUGGCGAUUCGCGGUGGAGUAGACGCUCCAGAUCUUCUAGGUGGCGGUCCCCAUCCUCCUCUGAGGGGUCCUCCGCUGCUUCAGGAGAGUCUGGUCGGGUUUUGCACAAGACGCGCAGGAGGCGGAUGCCUAGCCAUUCUUCCAGGGUUGAUAGCCUGGUUCCAGUGACCUUACCACAACCUGAAGUUGCUGCGCCGAAUCCUGUGUCGGAGCAGAUUCCUUCUACGUCCGGAGUUUCGGUCCCUUCACCCGGAGGCAGAUCUGGAAGGCAAGGAGUGCCCGCAGCACCUAUGGCUCCUGGUGGACGACAAUUAAUGCCGCUGAUUCAGGCUUCGGUUUCCCCUGCAACUUGGCAGGCGCAUGGUAAGGCGUGGGGGGACUGGGAGAGCAUGGUGGGAGGGAGAGAUGUGGCGUCCAGUGAUGAUCUCCGCCUUGAGGUAACAGUUAAAUGGUUGUUGCAAUUGCGCGCUAGCGGGGUGUCAGCUUCGAUGGCGCAGCGUAGAUUGUCAGGGGUUGCCUUCCAUUUUAAGUUGCGCGAUUGGCCGGAUGUUACUAGGAGAUUUAUUAUACGCCAGGCUCUUCGGGGGUGGAGGAAGGAACUUGUAUACCGUGAAUGUAGGCGUCCGGUAUCAUUUAACCUGUUAGGCAGACUGAUUGCUAAGCUUUCUGACGUCUGUCGGUCCCUGUUCGAGGUUGCGUUGUUUUCUGCUAGUUUCAGUAUAGCAUUCUUUGCAGCGUUACGGAUAGGCGAGCUGGUUGCUCCGUCUGGUAGCAGACCAGGUGGCCUUUCUUGUGCUGACGUGGUCCUGGGUAACGGCGCAUUGAGGAUCAGGGUGAGUCGCUCCAAGACGGACCAGUUUGGUAGCGGGUCAUGGAUCCCCCUUCACCCGGUUCCCGGUGUGUCAUGCCCGGUGCGGCUGACGUCUAGUUAUAGCUCCAUGCGAGGUCCGGGACAUAACUUUUUGGCGCAUGCUGAUGGCUCCCCUCUGACUAAGUUCCAGUUCACUUCGGUUUUUAAGUCAUGUCUGGAGUUGUCUGGUAUGAAUCCCAGGGAAUUUGGCACUCACUCUUUUCGAAUUGGGGCGGCGACGGAAGCCGCUAAGGCGGGUUUGCCAGAGUCUGAGGUUAUGAGGAUAGGUAGGUGGAAGUCUGCUUGUUUUGCGCGAUAUAUUAGACCGGACCUGUUAUAGAACAGUAAGAAUGGAAAGAGACCGGGUAUAUGUGUUUAAAAAAAA